GAAGCACGGCGGAGCCAUGGAAGCCAUGGAGAAGCUGAAGGCCGGCGUGCGCUUCAGCGAGGUGGCCUCGCAGUACAGCGAGGACAAGGCCAGGCAGGGGGGAGACCUGGGCUGGAUGACCAGAGGCUCCAUGGUGGGACCGUUUCAGGAUGCAGCGUUUGCCCUGCCGGUGAGCAGCAUGGACAAGCCGGUGUAUACGGACCCCCCUGUCAAAACCAAGUUUGGGUACCAUAUUAUUAUGGUGGAAGGCAAGAAAUAAAAUAUGAAUGACCGUUGAA